GUUGCCCUGGCAGCGCCAAUCCCAGGCUGACGGGAAGUGAGAGAGCCCGGAAAAGUCCCAAGGCCACAGAGGACCAGGCUGAGUCGGGCUUCCCCUGAUGCUCACUUCAGAAGCCAGUCCCAGAAGACACUAGGGGCCCAGUGGGUCCCCCUAACAUCCGGAUCCACCAGGCAGGCUGCCAAGCCAUGCUGUCCCGAGGCCUCGCUCUGCUUCUCUGCCUCUUACUGGUGCUGCCCGAAGCAGCUGGGGAGGACAGGGGAGAGACCUGGUGGGACAGAACGGGAGCCCCCACGGCCAAGAAGGUGGGCAAGGGCCUGAAGGAGCGCGUGAAGGCUGUGACAGCUCUCUCCAAAAAGUACUGGGCUUACUUCUCCUGCCAAGUGUGGCCCCAGGACUGUGAAGAGGAAAUGAAAACUGCCUCUAAGUCACUGGGGUGGACCUUUCCCAUCCUGGGCCGGCAAUACCUGGAUAUUCUUUCCAACUGGUACUGUAGCUUCAAGGAGUGCUGUGACAGGGCUGACUGCAGGAUAACCAACAACAUCACAGGCCUGGAGAUAGACCUAAGCACCCGACUACAUGGUCAGCACUUGGCUCGGGAAGUGGUUCUGAAAUCAGUAAAGGGCUUCCUCUCGGUGCCGCAGCCAGAGAAACCUCUAACCCUGUCAUUCCAUGGCUGGUCUGGCACAGGCAAGAACUUUGUGACGCGGAUGCUGGCGGAUCACCUAUACCAAGAUGGGCUGGAGAGUGAGUGUGUUCAGGUGUUCAUCUCCAUGCUUCAUUUCCCUCAUCUGAAAUAUGUGGACACAUACAAGGAAAAGCUGAUGGAACAGGUAAGCAACACAGUUCAGCGCUGUGGGCAAGCCCUGUUUGUCUUUGAUGAGGCUGAGAAACUACCCCCAAGUCUGCUGGAGACUCUGAAACCAUUCCUGGACCACUAUGACACCAUCAGAGAGAUAGAUUAUCGGAGAGUCAUCUUCAUUUUCCUCAGUAACCUUGGGGGCAACAUCAUCAAUGAAGUGGUCCUGAGUUGGCUUAAGGCAGGAAGGUCCAGGGAAGAGAUCACCAUGGAGGACCUGGAGCCCCACCUCCAGGCUGAGAUCCUGAAGUCAACAGAUAGCAACUUUGGCCACAGCCGACUUGUGAAAGAGAACCUGAUCGACUUCUUUGUCCCCUUCUUGCCACUCGAGUACGAUCACAUCAAACUGUGUGCUCGAGAUGCUUUCCUGGGCCGGGACCUUGAGUACACCGAGGAGGCACUGGACAAAGUUGCCAAGAUGAUGGUGUAUGUACCCAAGGAAGAGAAACUCUUUUCCGCUCAAGGCUGUAAGUCCAUUUCCCAGAGAAUCAACCUCUUCCUGCCUUGACGGCCACCUGAGAGGACUGCAUGAGAGGAGCCUUCUCUUUACCUCUCCACAGACCAAAAGGCCUCCUAGGAACACCAUUGAACAGCCUGACUCCUGCAGGAAUAUCAAGCAUGGUGCCCUUUUACCUUGGGGCUUCGUAGGGCGGGAAGAAAAGCCUGUGCUCCAGCAAUCACGAACCUGUUGGGUGUUUGUCCUUAAAAUUAUUUUGGUGCCUUUUGGGGAGCCUCCUGUGGGUGAACAGUGGCUGCUGGACAGUGCGUACAGUGAGAAUUUGAGGCAUGGAAAGCUCUUAAAGAAGCCCAGAGAGAAGUGGAAAAUGAGGUUUAACUUAAAUAGGGGUCAAGAGCCUCUCUGUUUCCAAGCUGUGUCCUUGGAAUAUCCCCGGUACAACCAGUGGGAAUUCAGGAAGAGAAAGUGAGACAGCCUUAGCCAAUGCGGGCAAGGUCUAACCAAAGAGAGGAACUUUAUUAUAGCUUUUCUGUUGCUUCAGAUUUUUUUUUUUUUUUUGGCGGGGCAAUGGGGGUUAAGUGACUUGCCCAGGGUCACACAGCUAGUAAGUGUUAAGUGUCUGAGGCCGGAUUCGAACUCAGGUACUCCUGAAUCCAG